AUAAACUUCCGGUUUGAGUCAUUCCCACAAGUUUUCGGAAUGUUUUGCUAAUAUUUGUUCUUAUUCCGUCAUAAUUCACGUGUCACUUAGUAGACUGUAUCAGAACAUCGGAUAAAAGACUCAGAGAUACAGAGAUGGAAUGCAUGGAGAGAGAAGACAGAUCACAUGAAAAUGGGGGACAAGUCCGACCACCUAGACCUCCACCACCAGUUGUAAGCACAGAUGUCAACAGCUAUAAAUAUCUUCAAAGAAUGCACGAUAAAGCUUUUCAUUUUUCUAGUCAGGGUCUGUCAGCGGAGGAGACUGGGAAUUCAGAAAUAGCUCUUACAUCUUAUAAAGAGGCCAUAGAAUUGAUGACUAAAGUUUUAGAAAUGGACAGUGAAAACUUAACUAAUGCCACCUCAGAUGAAAAGGAUAAAGCAAAACUUUUACAACAAAAAGUCACCAAAACUAAAAUGCAGAUCGAGUAUCGAAUUCAAGAAUUAGAAAGAGAGCUUGCUCCACAAGCAAGUCAGGAUUAUUUAAUGCAAGUAGAUUCCCCGCCAUCAUAUGACGAAGCCAUGUCAAGCGGAAGUGCCUGGACGUCAUUGGGUGAUAGUAUUAUGUCCGAUGAACAAAGAAACACUGAUGUUAUGGCUAAUGCAGAACAGUUGUUUACCAUUGAAGAAGGGGUGCAGAUGUUUUUUAUAACACCGGAAGGUUACGUCAGUGCUCCAUCUUAUCCUGCCAGAAUGAGGCUAUGUAGAUUUUCAGAUGAUGGUUUACAAUCGGCGGGUGCUACUAACGCCCCCUCACCACCAGCUUUCUUACAGAUUGGUGACUGGGUAUAUCCAUUAAUACCAGGAAUGUCUCCAGCGUUACAGACUAGUUAUGGUGGUUAUAUAUUCCCUGAUACUCUGUCACAAAUUCCAGGGGCAUCAGUUGGAUUGAUGUUACCAGAAACCGUUUCCGACGAUGAACGACAAACAUUUGAACAACUUUUAUCAUCGUUAACUGUAAUGAGGGAACAAGUUAAUACGAUACAACCAGCUGAUAUUACGCUACCAUCUGCUCCUAUUGAACAACAUUAUCCACCACAGGUGGUGCCUCAAAUACCUCCACCUCAACCAACUGCUGUAGAAGAACGAGAAAGUACUGCUGGACAGAAAGUUGAUACUUCAACUAAAAUAUCAAAAGGAAUAUCCGUUGCUGCUGACUGGAUAACUUGGGGAUUAGGAAAGGGAGCUGAAAAAACAGGAGAUCUGAUCAAGUUUGGUUCACAGCGUCUACAACAACGAAUAAACCCUGUCAGUAACCCUAAACCAAUACCUCCUAGAGUACAGACGGGUGUGACGUAUGCUAGAAAAGCCUCACAUGCAGCUGUCACUGUCAGUUCUUUUCUUGUGACCAAACUUGGUGAUGCAACUGUUAAACUAGGACGCCAUCUUGCUCCUCACGUUAAGAAACAAGGUGCAAGGUUUCUUCCGAAAUCCUUGAGUCAAGAAGGUUCAGAUGGCAAAUCAAAGAUGAGUGGAGUCAUUGAAGUGGCUGCUUCUGGUAUAAAAGGUUUUGGAACAGUCUAUAUGGGAUUAGAGAGUGCAGCUAAAGCUUUAGCGAAAAGUUUAGCCAAUGAAACAGUUGUAGUAGUUCAGCACAGAUAUGGACGGGAAGCAGGAGCAGUGACGGAUAAUACCUUAUAUAGUAUUGGUAAUCUUGGUAUGACAGCCUUUAAUGUUGAUAAUCUUGGUGUCAAGGCCAUGGCUAAACGUGCAGCGAAGGAGACUGGAAAAGCAGUGAUAAAAGAUUAUGCAGACGAACAUAGCCGGAGAGCUCAACAGAAUCAAAAUGGACCUUUACAAUAUCCAAACCCUGCAUCCAAUUCUACAACAGACAAUUCCAAUUGUUAUCCUAAACUACCAGAAAAUAAACAAUAAAUGAAAGACUGAGUGACGGGAAUAUAUUGUGUUAUCUGUGAUUGAUAUUUGCCCUGGUUUUCACUAAAAAAUGGGACACACCAACUGGUUUAUGUCUUAAAAAGGUUGGGGCUCAGUCUUUUUUCGGACAAUAACUAAUUUCUAGCGACUUAAUCCAUAUAUAUAUUGUAGAUAUGUUAUAAUUGUUUUAAUCCACGAUUCAGGAAAACAGCAUAGUUAAUAAUAGACAAAGCAACUCAAAUAAUCAGAAUUAUUACGUCAAUUGAACAUUAGUGGUAUAUCUUAUUUCAGGAUAAAAAUAACUAAUAUAACAAAUCGAUCAAGUGUCACAUCUAACUUCAAAUGUAUGUUUUUAUAUGAAUGUUUAAAUUAAGUGUAGUUAUUAGACCAAUAGAAUGUUAGCGGUAUAUAGAGAAUCUCCUACUCAUCUUUUUUUAAAUCAAAAAAGACGAGUAGUAGAUUAUAUUUACCACCCAACCUUUUCUUAUGCGCACAGAUAAGUAAUAAAUUCUUUGGUAUAAAUUUAAUUUUACUGAACCUGAUUACAUUACGGAGUAGUGAUACAUCAUUUUUUGACAGCAAGUCACCCGUUGCAAAGUCGUAUAUAUUGACCCAGUGUUUCCUUUAAAGUUAUGGGGAGUAUUGUAAUUGUUUAUGGUAAUGGAGAACUUUUCUCCAACAAUAUUACUAGAUCCAAAAAGUAGUUCCUUUUUCAUAAAAAAAAGUAGUUCCUUUUUAAUUGACCAAUCAAAUUCGGGUAUCCCUUAGUAGAUUAUGAAAAGUUAUCACACAAGCGAUAUUUACUGUAGAAUGUGUUAUUGGAUGAUAAAUCAUAUUUCAGAGUACAAAUUGUGGAUUUGUUUUCAAACGACUCAGCUGCUAGUCAGGGAAAUUGGUAAUAUGACCUCGAGUCAGACAGCCUGGGUUGACUGUUAAUUCCCCUUAGAUGACAGACAUAACGUCUAAAGCCUAAUAUUUUCCUAUCUCUGUUAAAGAGUUCAGUGAAUUAUUCUGGUUCUCAAAUACUCCUGUGUCACUUAAAAAGUGACGCAUGACCUGUUUUUAUUUUAAAAAAAUCAACAAAAAAAAUCUCAUUUACUACCUCAUGUAAAUAUUUCCACCACAGGUUACAGAAAUUUUGGAAUGAAACCGGUAUACCAAGUUUAGUUAUGAAGUAUGCAACCCUAAUAAAUCUUACCGGCAAUCAUGAAUGAAACUGUAUAAUCACACAUUCUUAUAAACAACAUGAGAUAAAUACAGUGCCUUGAAAUGUGAUAUUUAUGAGAAGUCAUUAAGCCAAGUAGUUAUCUUUUGGCAAAAUAAAAACCUUCCUCAUGCAUCAGAUUUUUUGGAAGGAUUGUCUGAGAACCAGUUUACCCAUGGCUUUACUAAAUAUCUUUAAAUAAGUUCUAUGUCCAUUGUUUAUUUAUUUGUUGCCGUUUAUGUUGAAUCUUUGUUUGUUUUUGUUAUACUAUACAUGAUGUAAUUCAAUUUCUGUGAUUUCAGUAAAAAAUCAAAACUGCUAUUUUAGAUUUAUAUCGGCCUACUGGUAAGAAUCAUAGAUAUCAUGAGCCCACAACUGUUGUUGCUUUAUACUAUAGAGAUGUUUAUGAGGUUUUUUUUAAAUUAUUUAAUGAUUUUCAAUCAUGCACAAAGCUAUUUAUUUAAUGUUUUCCCAUAAUAUAUACCCUCUACCAGGGUGACAUUGAACAAUUUAUUUAAUUGUACGUUGUUUCAUAAUAUAAUAUUGUUGAUUAUUGAAAUAAAUGGCUAUGAAACUUUGGAA